AUGACAUUUUAUUCUGUUGUCAACAAUGGAAAGCAGAUAAUUAAAGUUUACAAAGAUCUUACUGACCAAUCUAAUAAUGAUUGCGAAGUAACUCAUAUUGAUGGUCAAGAUGCGUAUCGAGUAAUUUAUGAAUUUGCCAAAGACUCAGUUGUUUCAUCAAAAGAUCUUGGUGUGCGAUUUAAUAUAGCUCUUGAUCUUAUUUAUCAAGAAAGAUCCUUUGCUUUUCGAAAUGAAAUACCAAAGAAUUCGGAUAUCAUUUAUACACUUAAAUGUAAUAAUACUAAAGAAUUUGUUGUUAAAAGAAAUUGGAAUGCUUUUAGUACUAGUACUGUUUUAAAUAAGUUUAAUGAUUCCAAAACUUAUUUUGACAAUAUUUGCAAUCCUACGAAAGAAAAUAAACAACCAAUAUUAUCCAGUCUCAUGUUUCGAGAAAUUGCAAAAACAUUCGAUGAAACAAAUAGUAGAAAAUUAACAGAACAAGAACAAAGUGUAACCAUAAUAAGAGUUAUUGAUGAAUUUAUUGGUUUUUAUAAACAAGAAGACUUUGGUAUCGUUAAAAUAUUUACUGAAAAUCCCACUGUACUCAAUACAGCUGUUCUUAUCAACGUACUUCAAGGAUUUAAUGAGUUAGCAAAUACAGGUGUUAAAAAGGUUGUUCUUGAUUUAUCUGACAAUUUGGGUGGAAGUGUUUUAAUCGUCGUAUUUAUCAAUUUACUUUUAUUUCCUAACACUUUUCCGACCUUUGAUUAUGAUAUGCGAAUUACUAAACAAAUGAGACUUGCAGUUACUGAAGAAUUUAGACUUGCAACUUCAAAUACUAUUUUCGAUAUAAAAGGCUAUGUUAAUGCAAAUACUCAUGCCAAUUUUACAAGUGCUGAUGACUUCUUCGGCAAUAAUGUUUAUACACGUGGUGGAGUUGUGGGGAAUUAUUCGAAUAAAUAUGUUUUAAGCGAUAUUGAAAUUAAUGAGAUUCGUCAAAUUAUUAAACAAAAUUUAUCAACUCCCCUUCCUUGGAAACCUGAAGAUUACAUUAUUUUAACUAAUGGUUUAUGUGGUUCUGCAUGCUCCCAUAUCGCUCAACAUGCUGCUGAAUUUAAUAAUGUGACUACCGUUGCAGUUGGAGGGAUUGCUAGCAACCCUUUAUUAUCUUAUUCUACAUUUCCUGGUGGUUCUGUUUGUAAUUCAACUGUGAUAUUUAAUUCCUUAGGCAAAUUAAAUUUAUUAAAUAAUACUUUAAUGCCUAAACCCUUUCCCUUGGGUGGAAUGGAUGUCACUUUAACUAUUAAUGAGAAGUAUAGUAAAAUAAAACCUGAUGAAAUCUUGGAAUAUGCAUUUAGACCUGCUGAUUUUAGAAUAUUUUAUGAUGAAAAAAAUAUUAGAAACAUUUCUAUUUUAUGGUCUCAAGCUGCUGCUUUGAUUGGGAAGAAAA